GAGUGCGUUCAGUGUCUGAGGAUCGUCCGGCGCGCGUUGACAGCGGUGUUCUAAGCGAGGAUCGUUGAAUCUUAGUUGGAGUUUUGGAAAUUGGAGUGUUCGGAAUCACUGCUGUGCUUUCCGGAGGAAAUAAGCGCGACCGAAAGGAUAGAGUAAAACUGUGCGAUGGGUUUCCAGGGGACAGAAACCACGGAGAACUAAAUGGGAUUCCAUUUCGGGACUGUUUAUUGGAUUAUCGUAAAUUGAAUCCUGCAGACUGCGAAGUGAGGGCAAAGCCAGGGGGACAUUGGUGCUGCGGUGGAUCAACUGAAAGCGUUACAUAAUUGUGAAAAAUGAGUGAGUUUUGAGACAAAAAGCGAUUUUUCGUGCUGCUGAUCACGAGGUCCUGAUAAUAGUGGUUUCCGAGCUGUUGAACGACAGAGAGUGGAAGGUCAAAAAUAAUCUCGAUAAAGGGCGCUUUUGUGGUGUGUGAACGAAAAUAGAUUUUCGGUCGGUGUGAAAGUGAUUGUGACAAAAGGAUUUAAUCUGAUUAGAGUUGACUGAAAACAGUAAGCCAGCGAGUGGGAGCCGCCGUCAUGGAUGUGAAGAUAAGGGGAUUGCUGCUGCUCAUUUGCUACGUGGGACUCGCACAGUCGGAAGCAAUCGCCAUCGAACAGAUACUGUCUCUCUGCUGCCAGGAAGGCGAAGAGUGGGGUACCCAGCACAGGUUGUGUUCCAGUUUCAACAACACGUUGGAGAUUGUACCGGGAGAGCUUCGGGGUCUGUGUCUGUCCACGGUGGAAAUCUGCUGCUCGAAGCAGCACAAGAUCUACAAAUGCACGGAGGGUCAAAUCGCUGCCCGGCAGGGUCUCAGCUGUUCGCUCAAGGAUGGCCAAUCGGGAUCGGAGUUCUACACGGACUGCUGUGAAGCUUGCAAAAUCGGUCUGGUGGUGGGAUCCAGCUCGAGCAAGUGUUCGGUGGAACCGUUCGCCUUCGGAAGCCCGUGGGAUGAAGUCUACGAUGGAUGUUGCAGGGAUAUAAAGCAAGGAGAUGACACGUUCAUUCUGAACGAAGAAGAUGAGAACAAUCUUUGCGGUCGCUUUGAAAAUCUUUGCUCGCAGAUUUGCGAAAACACGGAAGCCGGUUCGUACAUGUGCCGUUGCCAUCCUGGCUACACGCUGCUUGAUGACCGGAAAACCUGCGCCCAAAUUACGUCCGAGGAUGAAAACGAAAUCUCAUCGGCGGAGAUUUUGGAUAGUUCCGAUUGUCGACGUGGCUAUGAGAAAGACCAACGGACAGGUGAGUGCGUCGAUGUGGAUGAGUGCGAAACCGGUGAAGCCACCUGCGAUACCCACAAUCAGGUUUGUAUGAAUCUUGAAGGCAGUUACCGGUGCUUGGACAUUCAGGAUGUCAAGUGCGAUGCUGGAUACCGCUACGACCGCAAGGCAGGAAAAUGUGAAGAUAUAAAUGAAUGCUUAGAGGGAACUGAUGCUUGCAAUAGGGAAACCCAGCACUGCCUGAACGGGCGCGGAAAUUACACCUGCCAGAACAAGGCGGUGGAAACGUGCUUGCCCGGGUUCAUCUACGAUAGUGCCAGCAAGGCAUGUGAAGAUAUCGACGAGUGCGAGGACCAAGCGGCCUGUGACGAAGGCUUCCAGUGCGUCAACAUAAAAGGCUCGUACGACUGUAUCGCCGUGGUGAAAAACUAUCCACUCCCGACGAAGAAGAAGGUCGAAUCCUGUGCACCGGGUUUUAGACGCCACAACGAGCAGUGUGUAGAUAUUGAUGAAUGUGCCGUCGAUAAAUACGCCUGCGACAGCAACCAGGUGUGCACCAACGAAAUCGGCGGUUUUCGGUGCGACUGCAAAAUUGGCUUCACGCUCGAUCAGGUCACCAACGCGUGUGUGGAUAUUAACGAAUGUCAAAUUAAUGCACAUGAGUGCCUGGAAAGUCAACGGUGCGAUAAUACGAUUGGGUCCUACACGUGCAUCCGGUUGCAGAGCUGCGGUACGGGCUACACACUGAAUGCUGAAACCGGAAACUGCGACGACGAUGAUGAAUGUGCACUCGGCCGGCACAAUUGCGUGCCACCAUACGAGUGUUUCAACACCAAAGGUUCCUUCCGCUGUCGGCAAAGGUCAAGGUAUGCAUCGGGCGUAAGUAGAGUUCCUGGUAUUUUGACGAGCACUAGUACCAGCACCACCACAAGUACGACUACAACUGCCCGUCCUGUCUAUUACACGCAUACGAACAGGAUUACCCCUCCUCAGUAUCGGCCGGGGUACCAAACGAAUGAUCAACAAGUCGAAUAUAACCGGUACCUGGGGUCAUGUGGCAUUGGCUUCGAGCGGAAUGCCCUAGGGGCUUGCGUUGAUAUAGAUGAAUGCUUGAACGAGCAUACUUGUCGACCGAACCAAAAAUGCGUCAAUAGCAACGGAUCUUAUCGAUGUUACGACCUGCUGGCGUGCCCAAGUGGAUUUGUUGCCAACAGUGAUGCAACGGAAUGUUUAGACAUAGACGAGUGCAGCACCGGCAAAGCGAAGUGCGGCCCGGGCCAGAUAUGUAAGAACAAGCACGGCAGUUACGCUUGCCACUGUCCCCCCGGUUUCAUUAUCGGGAAAAACCAACGGUGCGAGGACAUCAACGAGUGCGAGAUGCACAAAGGUAUGGUGUGUCCGCACAACUCCGAAUGCAUCAAUACGCUCGGGUCGUACAGGUGUGACUGCAAGGCCGGUUUCAAGAAAAACCGCCCCGAGGACCUGGUCUGCACGGACGUGGACGAGUGCACUGAAGUUCCCGGGUUGUGUCAUCAACGGUGUAUCAAUUACUAUGGGUCGUACCGGUGCGGAUGCGAGCCGGGCUACAAACUAACGGCAAACAACCGCACCUGUGAGGACGUGGACGAGUGUGUCGAGUACAAAUCGAACAAUUUAUGCGUCGGGAUAUGCGAAAACAGCCCCGGCUCGUACGGAUGCCGUUGUCCUCAGGGGUACCGAUUGGGACACGACGGUCGAAGUUGCAUCGAUGUUGACGAGUGCGAAACGAGAGACGUCUGUAAUGGACGGAACGAAAUAUGCACCAAUAUUCGUGGCAGCUUCCGAUGCACCCGCAUCGAUUGUCCUCAUGAAUAUGAAAUUGAUCCCGAUAGGAACAAUCGCUGCCGCCGGACGGUCCGAUUCUGCCAGCAGGACGACGUCGCGUGUCUGAGGAAACCGACCUCGUACUCGUACAACUUCAUAACCCUGACGUCGAACAUGCCGGUGCCUCCAACAGGACGAGCACUGUUCAAUUUACGGGGACCCACCUGGUACGAGUCAAUCGACUUUGAUAUGAAGCUGAUCCACGUCGAUGCUCCCGCCAACGUUCGACCGGCGGACGAACGCUAUUUCAGCUUGAACAAACUGUCGAACGAAGUGCUGCUGAAUCUGGUCAAAAGCAUAGAGGGACCGCAGGAUAUUGAGCUGGAGCUGAGCAUGACAGUGUUCAACAAUGGGCAACCGUUCGGAUCCAACAUCGCCAAGCUGUUCCUGUUGAUAUCGGCGCAUGAAUUUUAAAUACACCUGAAGGAGUGCUCCCUGCGGGAGCUCGUCGAGUUUUCAGUUUUAAUUUGAUCUGCUAGACUCAUCCGAUUUAGUUUUUACACUUCAUCGUACAAAUAAACGCCAGCAAUCUCCGGUUAUCUCAGCUGUA